AUGGCCAUCUACGUCAAGGCGUUCUCGCUCGUGCUCAAGACGGUGUCCAAGCCCCUCGCGAAGCAGGUGAAGGAGAUGGCGAAGUCCCACCCGUUCCUACGAGAGCUAUCCAUCAGCAUGGCGCUCAAGGCUGACAGCCUGUACCAGACCAUCAUGUCCCCGACGCCUCUGAACGAGCCAAUAAUCAGCUCGGGGGGGCGAAGGAUGAAGAUACCCAAGAAGCCGCCCGUGAUGACGGAGGAUCAGGCGCUGCAGGCCGCGGGGGAUUUCCUGGCCGAGGCGACGGUGUUCGGCAUCGCGGGUGGGCUGGUGUGGUGGGAGCAGAGCAAGAGCGCGGAGAAGGACGAGAAGAAGGCGGCGGCGGCCAAGGAAGAGAGGGAGCAGCUCACGACGAUGAUUGCGCUGCAGCAGCGGACGCUGCAGGACGUGACCGAGGUGCUGAAGGAGUUCGAGCAGCACAGACGGGAAACCAGCGCGGCGCUGGAAGAGAUGCAGAGACGCGCGCGGGAGAGGGACUCGAGGCGGUGGUGGGGGUGGGCCGCCGCAGUCAGCUAG